AUGAUCAGUCCUCAAGAUAACAAAUCAAGAAGAUCUUCUUCAAAGAAGACGUUCAUUUCCCUUCUCCUCGCCUCUUCCAUAGCAUCCACCUCAGCUUCAGCGAAUUCACAUAUACAACCCAGAGAUCGACAAUCAAGACAUCGUGAUUUGUCCUCCAGGCAUCAUGUCUUGGGAGAACGAGAUUCAGGUGCUGUUCCGGGUGGCUUCAAGAUCGUUGGUGAUUCAGGUGUAUCAGCUCAAAUGAUGUUCUUGGGUACUGAAAAGACUGUUUAUAUCCUCGACAAGGCCGAAAACAACUCAAUGCAAGUAACCAAUUCCGAUGGUCUCACCCAUCCAGCUUGGGGUACAUCAUACGAUCUUUCCUCCAACGAGGCUUCAGCAAUGUCAGUUUCAUCAAACACUUUCUGUGCAGCAGGCUUACCAGUAGCCAAUGGGUCCUGGGUGGUCUUUGGUGGUAAUCAACCUGUAACAUAUCAAGGUGUGGCUACUAAAGAUGCUGGAAAUGCCAACCCUUACCUCAAUACAGAUGGUGGUGCCGCUAUCAGGAUGUUAGAUCCUUGUGAUGAUGGAAAUUGUGCUUGGCAAGAAGGUGGUGACGCUCUGACCAUGUCUGGAAAACGGUGGUAUCCUUCUGUGGAGAUACUCGGUGACGGAUCACUCAUCGUUCUUGGUGGUGACAACAAUGGAGGUUACGUUUCAACUUUCACGCAAAACAACCCUACAUACGAAUACUGGCCUAAGCAAUCUUCAGGUGGAAUCCACAUGGAUUUCCUCAAUUACACCGUCCCCGUCAAUCUUUUUCCCCUUACAUAUCUCUUACCAGGCGGCAAACUAUUCCUCCAAGCUGCGUAUAAAACAAUCCUGUAUGACAUGAACAGUCGAGUGGAAACUCCUCUCCCUGACAUGCCCUAUGCCGUUCGAGUGUACCCCGCUUCCGCCGCCACCGCCAUGCUCCCUCUCACUCCCGCCAACAACUACACCGUCUCCCUCCUCUUCUGUGGUGGAUCAAGCGCUCCAUUUACCAAGUCAUCCGAUGGUGGUGCAGGUUUUAACGUCACUGCUAUCCAAGCCGACGACACUUGUGUUCGAAUCUCACCUGAAGAUGCCAAUCCAACCUACACCGAUGACGAUUCCAUGCCUGAGGGACGAAGUAUGGGUAAUUUCAUCUGGUUACCUGAUGGAACUUUAUGGAUGGGUAAUGGUGUUAACAUGGGAACUGCCGGUUAUGGUGAUGAGAAAUACUCUAUCGGACAAUCAUACGGUCAAGCUCCUCUUUAUCAACCUGCCAUUUACAAUCCUAGUGCAGCUUCUGGCAAAAGAUGGUCAAGAGAUGGUCUCGGAGAAUCAAUUCAAGAAAGAAUGUACCAUUCCACCGCAAUCCUCCUUCCCGACUCUUCAGUCCUCAUCUCAGGAUCUAACCCUAACAAAGACGUGACAUUCGAUCAGUGGUCAACAUCAUAUGAAGUCGAACAAUGGUACCCAUUAUGGUACAAUGAAGAACGACCUGUAGCAUCUUCAUUUCCCACUUCACUUUCAUACGGUGGUGACGCUUGGAACCUCACUUACACACCAUCCGAUUCAUCUUCCGAUCCAUCAAAAGCUAAAGUGGUUGUAAUCAGAACUGGAUUCUCAACUCAUGCAAUCAACUUUGGUCAGAGAUAUUUAGAACUUGAAACCUCAUAUACCAAAAAUUCUGAUUCAGGGGAAAUAACAUUACACGUUUCACAAAUGCCACCCAAUUCAAACAUCUUCCAACCUGGACCUGCAAUGAUAUUUUUGACUGUUGACGGCGUGGCAUCGCAAGGAAAGAUGAUCAUGAUUGGUUCAGGUCAAAUUGAGACACAACCUAUAUCAGCAGCCACAGUCCUUCCUGCUUCUUCAACAGUUUCACCUCAAUCAUCUUCGUCAUCAUCAUCGCAAGAUUCUUCGAAUUCGACAGAAUCAUCAGUAUCAUCCAGUAAUUCAACUCAAAACACAGUUGCCAAAUCUUCAGCUUCAGCGGGUCUGACAUUGUCGACUGCAUUCGGUGGAUUAAUAGUUUUAUUAGGUGUAGGAUUGACGCUCAUGGUAUAG